UCAAUUAAUUUGCUCCUCCUCUCCUCUGCUAUUUCCGUUUCCUCUUCCCUUCUGCUGCUCCUCGCCGGCGAAGAUUAGAUAAGGAAAAUAAACCCCCUUUGCUUCUCUAGGAAAGGAGUUCUCGCAAGUGAUAUGAGGGAUUUUCUGCCUGCCUACUAUCCCAUACUUCGGUUUCGGUAAAACCUAAUUCUCGAUAGCUAUGACAUCUUCGUCAUCUUCCAUGAACCCUUCGUCUCCGGGACUGAAGACAUACUUCAAGACUCCGGAAGGCCGAUAUAGGCUUCAGUAUGAGAAGGCUCAUCCUGCUGGCAUUAUUCACUAUUCACAUGGCAAAUCAGUAUCCCAGCUGACGAUCGCGCACCUUAAGGAAAAACAAGCGCUACAGGAGCCUAGCGCGCCUUCCACGCCGGUCUCCGGGGGUGUGGUAAAGUCGGCCGCGGCUAGGCUUUUUGUUGGUGUUAAUGGAAGCAAGGCAUUCUCGUUUGGUGGAUCGAAUGGCGGGAGCAAGACAGUCUCUGGGGCCGGCAGGUUUGGAGGGACGUUUGGGGCUUCUGCUGGAUCCGGGGGCUCUAUUUCUGCAGCAAAUUACGAUGGUAAAGGGACUUUUUUAAUAUUUAAUGCCGGCGACUCGCUGUUCAUCAGUGAUCUGAAUUCGCAGAACAAGGAUCCAAUCAAGUGUAUUCAUUUCAGCAUUUCGAUCCCUUUGUGUCAUGCAUUUGAUACCGAGGCAAAAGAUGGGCACGAUUUACUUGUUGGGCUUCAUUCUGGAGAGAUUUACACAGCAUCGUUGAGGCAGCAAUUACAGGAUCCUGGCAAGAAGCUUGUGGGAGCUCAACAUUAUAAUAAAGAUGGUGCAAUAAACAACAGUCGCUGUACUUGUGUUGCAUGGGUACCAGAUGGCGAUGGCAAUUUUGUUUCUGCUCAUGCUGAUGGAAAUCUAUAUGUGUAUGGAAAAAAUAAGGAUGGGGCUAUUGAUCCAUCAUUUCCUGCUAUCAAAGAUCCAACUCAGUUUACUGUUACUCAUGCACGAUCUAGUAAGUGCAACCCGAUUAUUAGGUGGCAUAUUUCUCAGGGGCUCAUAAACAAUAUUGCAUUCUCAACAGAUGGUACAUAUUUAGCAACUGUCGGUAGAGAUGGCUAUUUGAGAGUAUUUGAUUAUCACAAAGAGCACUUAAUUUUUGGUGGAAAAAGCUAUUAUGGUGCUUUGCUUUGCUGUGCCUGGAGUCCCGAUAGUAAAUACAUAUUAACCGGUGGCGAAGAUGAUUUGGUACAAGUUUGGAGUAUGGAAGAGCUAAUGGCAUGGGGCGAGGGACACAAUUCAUGGGUAAGUGGAGUUUCUUUUGAUUCUUAUUGGGCAGCUCCAAAUACAGAUGGAAAGGGAGAUAAUGCUAUGUACCGAUUUGGUUCUAUUGGCCAGGAUACUCAAUUACUUCUCUGGGACCUUGAAAUGGAUGAAAUUUCUCUUCCUCUACGGUACCCUCCAACCGGCGGUUCGCCAACAUUUAGCAGCGGAAGUAAUUCCGCUCACUGGGAUAGCAUUACUCCCAUCGGCACUCUUCAGCCGUCUCCGAGCAUGCGAGACGUUCCGAAGCUCUCUCCUCUCACCGUUCAUCGUGUCCAUGUCGAUCCUCUCUCCGGUUUAAUCUUCACCGAAGAUUCCGUUGUCACGAUUUGCCGCGAAGGACACAUAAAAAUCUGGUCCAGACCCGGAAAUACUGAAAUCAUCAUCAGCCAACCAAAUUCUGAUGCUGUAGCCAGUAAUGUUUCAGAAGAGAUUCAUGAAAGAACAGAGGGACAAGAAGGGGUAAUGGACGGUGUGCGGGAUCUGGGAAUGCGGAAGGUCGGAUCUCAUUCAUCCCUGGACACUGAAGUCUUUGAUAUUAUCCGUCGGCUUGAUAAGCCGAGGACGUUGAACAUGGACCGGCAUAGAUCGUUAGAUGAGCAGUCGUUGAUUGAGCAUUCUGUCGUGGGGAAUGUGAAAGCUGUUGACAGCUGUGAGAGCAUCUAUUCAACUGUGGAAAUGGGGACAAGGUCAGGAUUCCAAACGCCUGCUGCAUCGACUCCAAGGUUCUCCGAGCCGCAUCCCAUGGUCGUCGAUGCUUGGGAGGCUCUCCGACGAUCGUUGGUGUAUUUUCGGGGCCAGCCUGUUGGAACUGUUGCUGCCGUCAAUUACCAAUCUGAAGAGGUCCUAAAUUAUGAUCAGGUGUUUGUACGUGACUUUGUUCCCAGUGCAAUGGCUUUUCUAAUGAAUGGGGAGUCUUAUGUGGUCAAGAAUUUUCUAUUGAAAACUCUGCAGCUUCAGAGCUGGGAGAAGAAGAUAGACCGCUUCAAGCUUGGAGAAGGUGCUAUGCCAGCCAGCUUCAAGGUGCUUCAUGACCCUAAUCGGAAAACUGACACAGUAGUUGCAGAUUUUGGUGAAAGUGCCAUUGGAAGGGUGGCACCCGUUGACUCCGGCUUCUGGUGGAUUAUACUUCUCAGAGCUUAUACCAAGUCAACUGGAGACAUAUCUUUGGCAGAAUCACCUGACUGCCAAAAGGGAAUGAGGCUUAUAUUAUCUUUAUGCUUGUCAGAGGGUUUUGACACUUUUCCAACAUUACUAUGUGCUGAUGGUUGCUCAAUGAUCGAUCGAAGAAUGGGUAUUUACGGUUAUCCGAUUGAAAUCCAAGCCCUUUUCUUCAUGGCACUGAGGUGCGCUUUCGAAUUGGUUAAACAUGACACGGAAGGGAAGGAAUUUAUCGAGCGAAUCGUGAAGCGAGUUCACGCUCUAAGUUACCACAUCCGAACUUACUUUUGGCUCGACUUCCAGCAACUCAACUGCAUCUAUCGCUACAAAACAGAAGAGUACUCUAACACAGCAGUAAACAAGUUUAAUGUCAUUCCUGAUUCCAUACCAGAUUGGUUAUUUGAUUUCAUGCCCACUCGCGGUGGUUACUUCAUAGGAAAUGUUAGUCCUGCUCGAAUGGACUUCAGAUGGUUCGCACUCGGCAAUUUUUUCGCCAUCUUGUCCAGUUUAUCUACCCCUGAACAAUCUACUGCAGUUAUGGAUCUUAUUGAAGAACGCUGGGAGGAUCUGGUUGGUGAGAUGCCCCUGAAAAUUGCUUAUCCUGCUAUUGAGAGCCAUGAGUGGCGAAUUGUGACAGGUUGUGAUCCCAAGAAUACCAGAUGGAGUUACCAUAAUGGAGGAUCUUGGCCUGUUCUCCUUUGGAUGUUGACCGCCGCCUGCAUCAAGACAGGCCGGCCACAAGUAGCAAGGAAAGCCAUCGAACUUGCGGAGAGGCGUCUGUUGAAGGACGGUUGGCCCGAAUACUAUGAUGGGAAAUUGGGACAGUUCGUUGGAAAGCAGGCUAGGAAGUUCCAGACUUGGUCCCUAGCUGGCUACCUGGUUUCCAAGAUGAUGCUGGAGGAUCCCUCCCACGUGGGAAUGAUCUCCCUUGAGGAAGAUAAGGCCAUGAAGCCCGCACUCAAGAGAUCAGCCUCCUGGAGUUGCUGACCCUGUUUUAGCUUCCACUCCAUCGAUGACUGAAGGCGCAGCAGCCGUCUGCAGGUAUGUUUUGUAGGAGAGCUGGAAGUGCUACCGGACAACACGAAGAUGGCCGUACAGCGACAGCGUGUCCCCUUUUGUGGCCGUUUCUGUAGCAGGCCAACUGCAACCACUUGGCCAGCAAUUCCUUCCCCCAUAAACAUGCACGUGGGGCCCAUCAGCUAAGGCGGGCUAUUGACGGUCAACUUGAAGAUUUUUCCGAUGCAGCGGACUUACCAGUAGUUUUUUCUUUAAGCAAAAUUUUCAUGCAAAUCACACAAUUCUUUAUGUUUUUCCAUAUGGAACACUUCAAAUUUGAUAUUUUCAUUAAUGAUAUUUUCAUAUC